GAACUUGAAGCCACUGUUGCGUUACUUCGUGGGAAAUUCAACGUCAACAUCCACUGCUAUGAGCCCGAAGAUCUUGAGCGCAUGAUGGACGUUCUGCACGAGUUUGGUGUACACCCAAAUGCAUUCCAUCAUGCUCUCGAAGCAUGGAAAGUGCCUGAGUUGUUGAAACAGCAAGAACGAAACAUCACAGUAGCGACGUUCGCUGAAAAUGGAUUCUUUAAAUACGAGGCCUAUGAGGCGAACUUGCGUGCGCCGAAGAUCCUUGACGAGCAUGGCAUUCGGGUUGUCCUGAAGUCCGAUCACACAGGAGAGGGUAACUUUGGGAAGUAUCUCCUGGAUCAAGCGUCGAUUUCUCACUCCUAUGGUCUCUCCGAGGUCAAAGCACUCCAGUCUGUAACUUCCACUGCCGCCCGUUCAAUUCAACAAGAUCAUCGCAUUGGCUCUCUACGGGCUGGCUUCGAUGCUGAUAUUGUCGUGUGGGAUUCUCAUCCUCUUACUUUUGGUGCUACGCCGAUACAGGUGUUCGUUGAUGGUAGAGAGGUCCUCGAAAAAUCAAGAUUGGAUCCGUCUACGACUGUAACAAUCGACUCGUCCAGCGCUACGGCGCCUCGUGUCCAUACAGUAGUUUCUAGAGAUCACAAAGAUCAAGUUUGUAACGAAACACGGUCUCGGCAUAGAGACGUCAUUAUCACUGGCAUCUCUCAUGUGUUGCUUGACCAAGAACCUUUCAAUACCUCUGCAAUCAGCUCGGAUUGGAGUCUUAUAUUGUCCAACGGUAGUGUUCGAUGUUUCGAUCACUCCUCAAUUUGCCGACCAUCCCAGGAUCCCCAUAGUACGGUAUUUAAUCUCACCGAUGGCUACGUGACGCCCGGUCUCCUUGCGUUCGGUAACAACAUCGGCAUUCUUGAUAUCCCCUCCGAGCCUUCCACUGGUGAUGGGAUCUCGAUCUCUUCCAACGUCUUAGAGGAGUCAAAUGUUCCAUUCGCAAGAUACGGCAUCCACUUCGGAAGCCGCAGCUUUGAUCGUGCUCGUCUUGGCGGCGUGACGCGUGCUGUAACUGCACCUUUACACAGAGGUGGCGUGUUACAAGGCGUAAGCGUGGGUUUAAGAACCGCUGAAGAUGCCACUGCUCUCGAGGGAGGGAUUUGGAAGACCGAAGUUGCAUUACAUGUACACAUUGGCCAAACUGCCAAAAGCCAAGUUCUACCAUCUGUCUCUAGCGGUGUACAGAAAUUGUACGAGAUAUUUUCACUAAAAUCUCACGCGGUAGGUGGUGUCUAUGCACGUGCAGCGAAUGGCAAUUUACCGGUCGUUGUUCACACAGUUCACCCCAACGACAUCGAGCAAGUCGUGCAACUCAAACACGCAUUCCCUCAUGUCAACUUCGUCAUUUACGGCGGCCAUGGUGCACCUUUGGUAGCGCGUGCUCUUGCCGAAGCCCAGAUUCCGGUGAUUCUCACAGGGAAUCGCGGCGCCCCUGACACCUGGGAGAAACGACACACUCUACCUGGUCCACCUCUUUCGCGCUCAGCCACACAGGUACUGAUUGAUGCAGGCGUACUACUUGCACUGGCGGUUAAGGGAGAUAGUAAGACGCACGGGCUUGCUAGAGAAGCGCGCUUCGCCGGCAAGUGGGCAGGUUUGAGCGAUCGGGAAGCUAUCAGGCUUGUGUCGACCAACUUCAAUAAAAUACUGGGUCUGAAAGAUGAAUACACGGAGAGUGGCAAGAUGCCUAGUAACUUUAUUCUGUGGAGUGGCAAUCCACUUCGAGGUGAGGGAAGUGUUUUUAUCAGCAUCACGGAAGAGGGAAAGAUCGGAGACUGCUUGCCUAAUGUUGAGGGUGCUGUUUUAUAG